AUGAGGGGUCCAAAUUUGCCAUCAUCGGCGACCUUUCCGUCGACUGCGUCCGCCAAGGCCAAGGAUGUGAUCGAGAACGAGCUCGUCGCGCGGAGCUUCGAAAAGGAGAUCACUCCAGACCUUUAUGGGCCGCUGCCUGAUGGGGGUCGGCUGUUCAUUGUGGUGCUUCUUCAAACGUCUGAAGUUGGUCAAGCAACAAGUUCACAUCAUUCGGUCACGAUGCGGAAGAUAACGCCCAUGUUCAACGAGUAUGUGUAUGGAGCGAUCCGCCGGAUCGCGGAAGAGCACGGGUUCACGCCGGAUCUGUUCUCGGUGGACUUUGACGAAGAGACGCGCCUGGAGUGUGACGGGUUCGUAAGCUUCGUGUUCAAGGCCAUCAUCAACGGGGACGACCGGGAGCUGACGUUGUGGUGUAAGGUGCCGCCGACGGAAGAUGAUCGCUCGCUGGAGCUGUUCAAACGGGAGUGCUUCUUCUACCGCGAGAUUCUGCCGGCCUUCAACGACUUCCAGUGCGGGAAGGGUGUGCGGGAGGGCGGUUCGGCCGGCGGGUUCUUCGCCACACCCCGCUGCUACCUGGCGCACUGCGAAACCGACGGAACGGAGAAGCAGGCCCUCAUCGUGCUGGAGUACAACGAGGCGUACGAGAAGUGGGACUGGGACAAGCUGGAACCGAUCAAUCUGGAACACACGAAGUUGGUCAUGGAACAGUUGGGUUUCCUUCACGCGCUAUCGUUCGCCAUGAAGGAGCAACAGCCGGCGGCGUUCGAGCAGUACAAACGCGAAAGCGGAGUUCUGAUCGAAGGGAACGAGCUGUUCACGCUGAUGAAGGAGUCGUUCGAUCGGGCCAUCGUCACGAUGAAGACUCGGUUCGAGUCGGAACAGGAGCGGAUCCAGGCCGUGAAGGACGCGGUCUACGAGGGGCUGAAGAAUAGCUGCCACCCGGUGACGGCGGACCCGUUCUGUGUCGUCACGCACGGGGACUGCUGGAUCAAUAAUCUAAUCUACUCGCACGAUCAGAACAACGUCGCCACCAGCGUCAUUCUCACCGAUUGGCAAUCGUCGCGUUACGCUUCGCCCGUGCUGGACCUGUGCUAUUUCUUCUUCAUCUCCACCAGCGAGCAGUUCCGGCGGGAGCACAUGGACGAAUGUCUCCAGUACUACCACAGCGCUUUGGCCGGGCUCCUGGAGAAGCUGGGCGGGGAUGCGUCGAAGCAGUUUCCUCUCACCACCUUGCUGCGGUUAAUGAAACCCUUCCGCGAGCUGCUGGGGAGUUAGCGGCUGCAACAGUCCCUCGAUCGGAGGAGCCAUCAAUCUUGAAUCGCCGGAAUCCUGUGCUGUAACGCCACUGCGCGUGAAUUGAUAUGCCAUCCAUCCGAUCGUGGGAAAAUCGUUAAACACCGUUGGCGUCAACCCGGGACGUGUCAGCCCAUCUCCCCAGAGGAGAAUGAAACUGGGACCGUAGCCUUUCGAUAGGCCAUAAAUAC